UGUCCCCGGCUCACAUGACUUCCUACAAACAUCAGUGUAUGCCUGGAAAAUCGAGCGCCUAUCAAUGGAUUUGUUUUGAUCGCGUCAUCCGAGUCACAUGUUUUUCAAAAAAAAAAAAAAAAGAAGAAGAAAAGGCGGUGUGUUCGACUUCAUAAGGCCAUGCGCAGACUGAUUGACCUAUGACACCUAAGUAUCGCGAGAUGCGAAAGCAUUACUGAACAAAGUCUUGUGCUCUCGCGGUACUUUACUGCUAUAGGCCAAUCAGUCUGCGCAGCGUCUCAUUCAUUUAAAUUCACCAUAACUACAGGAGAACAACGAAAUAUAAUUAGUGAAGUGACAUCUGUGGAAAAAAAUAAAAUAUAAUUAAGUACUUGAAAUUAUUUCACUCCCAGAAAUGUUGGUUGGUUGUAAAGGCUUGUUUUCUGUCAGCAGGUGUCACUAAUCAAAUUAAUUUAGCCUCUCCCCACUGAAGUAUUUAAUCAAUAUUUACUUACUCCUUAAUCCUUUCACGCGAAGGCUGCAUAUAACAUACACUAACGUUUGCAGUUUUCUACUGACUGAAAUUAGAAUAAAUAACUAAGUGUCCGCAAAAAGGCCAUGACAACACAAAUGGCACACUAUCACAAUUCAAAGGCGUUUCUGCUUCUUCUAACUUUACUGGUCGCUUUUGGAUGGGUUUCUGGUGAAUGUGAUGUCUCGCGAUGUACAGACCCGAAUACCUGCGUUUUGUCGCAUGGAAAAUGCAAAUGUGCAUUUGGCUACUUUGGAGAUUUCUGUGAACAGGUCGCAACAGUAAAUGUAACGUGUGAGAAAGAACACAUGACCAUACUUGUGGAUGAAGAGUUCUUCAAGUACUAUAAUGUGGGAGUAGAUUGUGUUCACUUACCUAACAGCAGCUGCCGUGCACAUAGAGAGGUCAUCUCUGGAUCAGCUUACUUUAUAGUGCGUACACCAAUGGAUCAGUACACUGCAUGUGGAGGCAAACCUCUGGAGAAGAAUAUAACUCACGUUGCAUACUCAUUAACCCUGAUGUCUGAACCACCUACUUACGGGAAAAUUGUGAGAGAUCCAGUUGUAAAGAUCGAGUACAAGUGUGUCUAUCCGUACAUCCGUAGACUCAGCCUGGCAUUUCCCGUUUUUCAUUUUUCCAGUGAGAAAAUGUUUAAAGUCGAUGAGGUUGAUGCCAAAGUGGAGAUGAGUUUGUUCAAAGAUCACACAUUUAAAGAGUCCUUCGCCAGCGCACCUACUAUUAAGCUUGGGGAUCAGGUCUUCAUCCAGAUUAAAGUCACCGAUCCAGAAGAUUUCUUCAAUCUGAAAGUGAAUGACUGCUGGGCCACUCAGUCUGCUCAGCCUAAUAAUAGGUCAGGCUUUACCCAUACACUGCUAAUAAAUGGGUGUGCAAAUGACAAAACGACAUCAUUUGUAAAUCGCACAGACUACUUUGCAGGGAAAAACGGUGAGGGAUCAGUUGUCCGCUUCUUCUUUGAUAUGUUUCGUUUUGUGAACGAGCCCCACAGUUUCUACCUGCACUGCACUGUGCACCUCUGUACACAAGAAGAUGGAGCAUCUUGUAUUCCUGAGUGUAAAUCUAUAGCCAAAAGAGAGGUUGUCAUGGAUGAACAACCGGAAGGCCUUCUAUCAUAUGGACCAAUCAAACGGGAGGUACCAGACAGACCUACCACAAAUCUCCUGCCAUUGCUUGUUCCAUUGGGUCUGAUCUGGGUUUUGGGCAUCUUCCUUCUCAUCUUGAUCAGCAUUGCUAAAGCUGGAAACAGGCGACACAUGACAAAUAGUUAAAAUAUUUACCCUGUUUCCCCCCAACACAUAGUGGUUUGGGUACAAUAUAAGCAAGCAAGUCAAGCUCACCUCACCAUGUUGGAGGGCUCAAUGAACGGCCCUAAAUGAGCACUGUAUGUGUUUAAAUAAGCAAAUUUAAUUUACAAAUCAACUUGAAAGUGGUGUCCUGAGAUUGAUCUAUCAAGCAGAAACAUAAAUACUACUGUCUACAGUACUCAAUGUAAACAACAGGUGGCAGUGAGCUCUAAAACUGUAACAACAUUUUGCUUAUAAACUGUUUUGCUUCUGUAAAUAAACCUAUUUCAAUGCAAUUCUCUUUUUGACUCGUUUUAAGUAACUUGUAUUAGUGCUAAUUUUAUAAAAUGAUAUGUGUCAUGUACAGUAGUAAUAAUAAUAGUGGUCAGGUUAGCGGGUGCGGCCGCGUGCUGCAGAUCAGCACGAGACCCUCAUGAGGUCUCAUGCUCAUAUUUGGUGUCCUGCAAAAUAUUGAGGACCAUAUCUCUUUAAUCGGGUACACGCCGGCCUGGU